AUGGACGGAAGAGAACAGGAGAACAUGGAGGAAGACAAGGAGUCCGGGUCAGAGAAAUCCGGGUCUGAAGAGUCGAGUUGGAAGAAAAAGGAGGAAGACGAGAAGGCGCUGUGGAAGGCUGCAGAUGAAGGAGACACGGACAGAGUGAAGCAGCUGUUAGCGGAGGGAGUCAACCCUAAUGCUGCUGAUAUUUGGCAAGAAUCUCCCAUGCACUGGGCAGCCCUGAAUGGUGACCAUGAAGCUGUGUCAGCUUUACUGACAGCUGGUGCAGAUGUGAACGCACGGGACGGUAUUGAAGACACACCCCUCCAUGACGCAGCUACACGGGGCCACCCCAAGUGUGCGGAAAUACUGCUACAGCACGGGGCUGAUACCGGUCUCAGGAACAAGGUUGGUCAAACGGCGGAGGACGUCGCUGCAGAUGAGGACACCAGUAACGCUGAACCGGACGACGAAGAUGAUGAAGAACUAAUCACUCGUGGUAGAAAGGAAAUACUGAAGCUUCUCCAACAACAGGAUAAUGAAGUCUCCACACGUAAGAAAGGCUACGAUCCUGUACUCGUCCGGUUCUAUGAAGAAAGCGGAAUGACCGUGGCGAAAAAGGAUUGUCCGUUGAUAGAAGAAGCAGCUAAGCAGAGCGGGAAAACUGUAGACCAAGUGAAGACCUUCAUCGGCAACUAUCGUAGGUUUAAGAGCGGCAGUAAGCGGAGCCUCCCCACAGACGACAUGGGGGCUGAGAACGUCACGGGACAUCGUGAAGACUUAGAGAUUUCGGCAAAAAAGGGUGGAAAGAGGAAAGCCAAAACGCGGCAUGUUGGCGAGUCCAGCGACAGUGGCGCCCGGGGAAAGCGACCUAAGAUAGAGGCCAUGUCUGUUCUGAUGGUCAACGAUACGUACGGCACGUCCCAUGGAGGUACUUCUACCACGAAUCGUCAGGUGACGCAGUUUCUGAAACUUCAUGGUGCUACAGUUCAUGCUACAGCUUUGCAAGCAUCUGAAGAAGACAAGCGGUGUGCCACAGACGAUGGUGUCAUUUUGCAUUUGCCUGUUCAAAAUCCCAGGGACGAGAGGAAGCCAACUUUGGAAUGGAUAACCUUUGACCACAACAAUCGCUACCCAGACAUACCACAGGAUCUAAAGUGCAUUGUGGGUCAUGUAGAUGUCACAAGUGGAGCCGCAAAGAGCAUACAAGAGAGCCGCUGUCAAAACGCGAAAUUGGUCCUUUUCCACCACGACAUGCCAGAAGAGACGGAAUACUACAAGGGAUCUAAGAAAUCGUUGGCCGCGAGGAAGAAGAUGAAAGACAUCCUCGAAGAUGCAAAGAAUGCAGAUGCCGUGUUCUCCUUGGGAAGAAGAAUUUACGACUACUUCGAGACGAAGUACAUGGCGCUUAAAGACAGCAAACCACGUCAGCACUUCUUAUUUCUCCCAAGACCAUCCCCAGUGUUUGAAGCCAUCUCUGUUAGACCAGGAGCAGGGGAGAAAGUCGUGCUGACUGUCGGGAGAGUGACUGAUGAAGUGGACAAGCUGAAGGGUCAUGACCUUGUAGCACGAGCCUUGGGGGAGGUUGCAGAGAAGAUUAGAAACGUCAGAUUAUGUGCUCGCGGGAUAGAUGAAGAUGACUAUGAAGCAAGCAAGAGAAUCCUGGAGGAGAACCUGCACAGUGGUAAGAUCAAACCCACCCUGCUGCCAUGUGGAACCCAGGAGGAAAUCGCUCAGGACAUGCAGCAGGCUCAUCUGGUCCUGAUGCCGUCCCGUGCCGAGCCUUUUGGACUGAUCGGUCUGGAGGCCAUCGCAGCAGGCAUCCCUGUACUCAUCUCUGACAAGUCAGGCCUAGCAGACAUGAUCAUGGACUUGGUCAAGGAGAGGAAGUUACCUGCAGACAUGAGGCACAAGAUCGUGAAAACCAGCGUGAGGGAGUCCGACCUGGCUGAGGAUGCAAGAAAAUGGGCAGAGAGAAUCGCAGACACCUUGGAAUUCUCUGAGUCAGAAUUCGACAAAGCAGCAGAGUACAAGAAGAAGUUGUUGGAGUCCAAGUACUGGGAAGAGUCUCACCAAAACCUGCUGAGGGUCUGUGGAUUGAAUGACUGACUCUAGACGCGUCCACUCUCCCACGUGUCAGAUUCACUAAUUGCUGAAUUUGAUCAACAGACUUUUAAAUGCAAUCAGUACGGUUCAAAAGCAAAGUAGUGACUGGCAGUGGCAUCAUCUAUUAGCUGCCAUGUACAAUUUCAAAGAUGUACUAAUUUACAAUGGCACUGGCUAUUGCCUCUAUACAGGCCUUAUCUAUCAUGUACGCUGCAAUUAUUUAGGACGACGUAGCUAGGUGGUCGUGGAUUACUUUUGUACAUGUAGUAUGAUAUCAAUAGGAACUUGAAAUAACCAAAAAGGCGUAAUUUUCAAUCUCGUGUAAAUUCAAUUUUGUAUAUAAACCUGUGUCAAAUGGAGAGUCAUUUAAUAUACAUAUAAGCAUGGCAUGCAAGCUAUUAUUAUUAUGAUAGGCAUAUUUACAGUACUUUGAAGGAAAUUUAGAAGAUGGGAAAGAAUCUAUUGUACACGCUUUAAGUGUGGGAACAUCAGUAAGUUUAUACUCUGUUAUAACUUGAAUAUUGUUUAUUACUUACAAGUACUGUUUUGUAUCCUUGAUAUUGUGAUUAAGUUAAGCAUUUGUUAGAUGUAGAUGUAAUAGAGUGCGCAUGUGUUCUUCUGUUUGCCUGCUGGUAUUUUGAAAAUUAAAGGGGUACCUUUAGCUUUACCUGUUGGUGUAAAAUUUGUUUCAG